CAAACUCCUCUGUAUCGUAUGUGUAGACUCGGACAAGAAGCUGAGCACAUGGAGGCUUUGAAGGACUUUGCUUCUCUCUGCUCCAGUCCUACCACUGUGGUGGGCGUAGUUCUCUUGAUUAUACUUUAUUUGAUUUCUCUUGGUUCUUCCUCCAGAGAAACAGGCAAAGAACCUCCAGGACCAAAGCCUCUGCCUCUGCUUGGCAACCUGCUGCAACUUGAUCUCCAGAGACCUUACAAAACACUGUGUCAGCUUUCCAAAAAAUAUGGGUCUGUAUUUACAGUUUAUUUUGGACCAAAAAAAGUGGUUGUCCUUGCUGGAUACAAGACAGUCAAAGAGGCUCUGGUCAGCUAUGCAGACGAGUUUGGAGAAAGAGACAUUGCACCUAUAUUUCAUGAUAUGAUCAAAGGUCAUGGAAUUCUGUUUUCAAAUGGAGAAACAUGGAAAGAGUUGCGUCGUUUUGCCCUCACCACCCUCAGAGACUUUGGGAUGGGGAAGAGAGUUGCAGAGGAGAAGAUUUUGGAGGAGUGUGGACACCUUAUUCAAAUCUUUGAGAAUCAUAAAGGGGAACCAUUUAACACAUCACGUCCAAUAAAUUAUGCAACAUCCAACAUCAUCUCUUCCAUCGUGUUUGGAAGCAGAUUUGAAUACGAUGAUCCUCGAUUUACAAACCUGGUCAGUCGGGUCACUCUCUCUAUAAGCCAAUCAGGCUCAGCAGAAAUCCAGCUCUACAAUAUGUUUCCCCGGCUGGUCGGAUGGAUAAAAAGCCGUCAGGGGAUGUUAAAAAAUGCUAUGAUGACGACCAGAGAUGUGAAGGAUUUAAUCAAGAAACUGAGAGAGACACUGAACCCUCAGAUAUGCAGAGGACUGGUGGACUGUUUUCUGAUUCGGAAGCAGAAAGAAGAGGACUCUUGUGUGAAAGACACUCAGUUCAUCGAGGAGAACCUGGUUUAUACAGUGACCAACCUGUUUGCGGCUGGAACUGACACCACAGCUGGAACCUUGAGGUGGGGUUUGCUGCUCAUGGCCAAGUAUCCACAAAUUCAGGACCAGGUUCAGGAGGAGAUGGCCAGGGUAGUUGGAAGCCGUGAAGUCCGAGUGGAAGACCGUAAAAACCUACCGUACACCAAUGCUGUCAUCCACGAGAUACAGAGGCUGGGUAACAUCCUCCCCACGGCCGUCCCACACAAAACCAGUCAAGAUGUCACCUUCCAGGGAUACUUCAUCAAAGAGGGAACGGCAGUGCUUCCCCUGCUUACAUCUGUUCUGUAUGAUGAAAGUGAAUGGGAGAGCCCUCACACCUUCAACCCUUCUCAUUUCUUGGAUAUGGAGGGCAAAUUCAUCAAGAGAGAUGCCUUCCUGCCAUUUUCUGCAGGUCACAGGGUGUGUCUCGGGGAGAGUCUGGCUAAGAUGGAGCUCUUCCUCUUCUUCACCUCCCUCAUGCAGCGUUUUCAGUUCACGCCUCCACCUGGAGUGUCUGAAGAUGAGCUGGAUCUGACUCCAGCUGUGGGCUUCACUGUCCUUCCUUCUCCUCAUGAGCUUUGUGCCGUCAGUCGGCAGUGAGAAUGAAGCCUAGCAUUAUAGUUCCUCUCUGUAUCAGUGGCCUGAUGUGGUUUAACACAUUUAAUAUUUAAAUUUCCUUUGCGUGUCAUUGUUUAAACAGUUGACAGAAAUUAUGAUUGUUAGUUUUGGGUUUGUGGAGAUCUAUGUAUAUUUAUGUCACUUCUCACCACUGUUGCACUGUUAAAUGCACUGCUUACUUAUUACUGAUUCGAGGGAGAAUUGGAAACAGCCGGAAGAAGAGAGACUGAAGCCAACUGAGGGGGGGAAAAUAAUUGACACAAAUAAGCAGGGAAUUCAGGGAAACAACAAAUACAUCUAAGUAAAAAAUAGAACUAACUUAAAUAACAUAAACAGGGAGGAAAGAAUCUACAAGGAAUUACAAACUAAAACAUCUAAUACAGGAAUCCAAGAAUCUGACCACAAGAAUGAAUGAUUAAUCUAAUCAACAUGAAAUUAACUGAAAUAAUAGCAAAUCAAGAACAUGGCAGUGCAGAGAAAACAAAUAGAACUCAAAACCUACGUAGGCGGAUGUGAAAAUAAACAACCCCCCAUCUUAAGGUCAGAUCCAAGACGCCCUUCCAGAUUCCAUAUAAACAAUUCAAUUAAAUUUCAA